AUGUCGACCAUAGCGCACUCGUUGCGUGACUACCGCUCUCCAACUCGGUCCCAGCUCUUCGCUCACGCCUUCUCUCUUCCCGCGGGCGAAUCGCCUAUCGCAGAUGCGGAGAUCACUUCGUCGGUGCUGUCACUGUCGGCGGCCACCAAGGAUGGCCUGCAGGAGGAUCAGGUCUAUGCAGGACGAUUGACGCUCACUCAAUCCUUUCUUUGCUUUGCAAGCCAGGGUGACCGUGGCCGCAGCUGCCGGAUGAACCUUCCACUCUGGUGUGUCCGCCGAGUCGAACGUCUCAACACCAAAGGCACUGUGUUUGCUCUCAGCAUUGUCGUGUGGCAUGGAAUGAAGAUUAUCCUUCAGCUCAAUGCGCUACGUCCUACCUGUGAGCACUUUUGUGCUAUUCUGCGCGACCAGCUCCGCGCACAACUAGGCAACAUGAAGCUUCUCAAGCCUUUCCUAGCAGGCUGCUACAGCGAGUUUCUCAUCUCAGACGAUCUUUCAGAUCCAAAGGGCAAGCGAGCCGUCACGGAUUCCUCUCUCACGCCAGCAUCCGAGACAGAGGAUCCUUCUACCGACACUUCCGCUGGUGCAGCUGCGAUAGCCUUAGCACAAGCGUCUGCGGACAAAGAACCUCUAAAGUAUCAAGCGGGGCUGGGUGCAACAUUUGGCUUUCCAGGCGAUGCUCGCAAGCUGCGGGAAAAGAGCAAGCUCAAGCUUUGGCGAGACUACAUUCUGGCGCACGGUCGUAACCUUACACUGCUACGAUAUCCACAAUUCCUGCGACUGGUUCAAGUGGGUCUGCCCAAUCGUCUCCGCGGAGAGAUCUGGGAGCUCACGAGUGGAUCCAUCUACAACCGAUUCGCGCAUGCUGGCGAGUACCAAGCCAUUCUCAAACGAUACGAAGGCAUCACCAGCACAAGCACCGAGGAGAUCGAAAAGGACCUCAAUCGCAGUCUGCCAGAAUACCCGGCGUACCAGACGCCUGAAGGCAUCGAAACACUACGUCGAGUCUUGGUAGCGUACAGCUGGAAGAAUCCGGAGCUUGGUUACUGCCAGGCGAUGAACAUUGUGGUGGCUGCCAUUCUGAUCUACAUGAGCGAGGAGCAGUGCUUCUGGUUGCUCGACACGCUCUGCGAGCGGCUGCUGCCGGGCUAUUACACACAAUCCAUGUCUGGCACGCUGCUCGACCAAAAAGUAUUCGAAAAUCUGGUGCAGCGUACCUUACCCAUGAUUCACGAACACUUUGUCAAGACUGAUAUACAGCUGAGUGUAGCGUCACUGCCUUGGUUUCUAUCGCUGUACAUCAACUCGAUGCCCAUGAUCUUUGCCUUCCGCAUCGUUGACUGCUUCAUGGCCAUGGGGCCCAAGGUGCUCUUCCAGGUGGGACUUGCCAUCCUCAAAAUCAACGGCGAAGAGCUUCUCCAGGUGACCGACGAUGGCGCCUUCAUCAAUCUAAUCAAGAACUACUUCCGGUCGCUGGGAGACAGCGCGCACCCGAACAGCACCAACCCGCGUCACCGACAGAUCACCAACUUUCAGGAGCUGCUGGUGGUCGCCUUCCGCGAAUUUGGUAUCAUCACGGACGAGACGAUUGCAAGCGAGCGUCGGCGAUUCCGACAAGAAAUUGUGCAAGAGAUCGAGAUGUUUGCCAAGCGUAGCGCUAUCCGCAACCUCAAGAAUCACGGCCGAUUUUCCAAGGAGCAGAUCGGGCUCAUCUACGACCAAGUGGUGGAAUCUAUCUAUCGUGCAAGGCACGCACCGGGAGCGGUAAGCGACGCCAAAGUCAAUCCGAAUGCCGGCAUUGUAGCCAACGAUCCCAAAGAGGUAAUGGAGAAGGCGCUUGCACGCGAGAUGAGCAAGGAGAGCAGUGAAGAGGCGCUCAACGACUACAAGGAGAUGCGGAUCGAUCUCAAGACCUUCCGGCUUUUCUUGGGUGAGGUUGCGACGUGGGCACGAGACGAGUACAUAGUCUCCAACGGCUUCCAAGAGCGAGUAGAGAGACGUGUGCCAGAGCACGAGACGGUUGCGCGUCUAUUUCGAUUUUGGGACAAGGAGAAGCGCGGCACGCUCUCGUUGCAGGACAUUGUAAGCGGGUUGGAUGCCAUCAUGUUUAAUCAGGACGACGUGAUGGCCAACAUCCAGUGGUUCUUUGAACUGCACUCGGAGGGCCGGCCAUCUCUGACUAAGGACGAAAUAUUGCGUCUGAGCGAGUCGCUGCUGUUUUUCUUCCGCAAUGAGCCCAACGACGGCUACCUGGGCGCCGUGUCGCAGCUCAUCGCCCAAGCAUUCGAGCACGGCGGUGAAGGAAGCUACGAGAAGAAGGCGCUGGCGUCCGCAGUGGCACCAAAUGCUUCCACGUAA